CUCCAGAGAGCUAUAUAACGCCUAGAGAACAGUUGAUCGAUGACUCAGGUUUUUGGGUUGCUAUAUAAAGCUGUUUCCUUGGCUAACUCAUUCAGUAAACUGGAGAAAUGCAAGCUGUAUACAUCUUGGGCUUAGUCUGCUGCCUUGCCCUGAUGCAGGAAGCUCAAGCUGACGAGAAGAAUGUGCUUCCUGUGGGUCCGCCAGUAAAUCAGAGAAGUCUUCGUGAAGUAGGCUCCUUUGCCAGAGAAGGGAAGCCGGGAAGACCCGGAAGACCUGGGUUACCUGGCCGGCGAGGUAAGGCCAAACCAGGACAGCCAGGAAGUCCGGGAGGACCUGGAGGAGCAGGUGGAAGUGGAGGAACCGGCGGAGAUGGAGGAGCGGGUGGGGCUGGUGGGCGAGCCAUAAGAGGAGGAUCUUGGAGGACUGGAAUCUCAUUGGGUCAAAGGCGACCAGAACCAAGGUCUAACUAUUAUUUGUAUUAGAUUGAAAGAGGUAUUGCCAAUUUGCUCAUUUUUAAUAAGGAAAAGUUCCAGCCAUGUUUUAAAGCGGAGUGCAAUUAAAUAAAAAAAGAGAAAUAGCUACAAUACAAAUUACAAUUGUUAGAAAAUAAGCUGUGUAAAAUCUAAUUACUUUAACAAAUUUUCUGUACAUACUUAAAAAAAAUUCAACCAUAAACACGUGAGUUCUGCCAAGUAAACUUCAAGUUGCACAAACUGUAAAGAAAAAUUAGUUAUGAAGAAAAAACGGCGAGCCCAUUUACGGAUACACAAAUUAAAUAUUGUUCUGUGAUUGCCAACCA